AUGAUAAUGAAAAAAUUUUUACCAUUAUAUUCCAAUUGUAUUUGUGAACAUAUUAAUUGUUUAAAUGAAUGGCCUGAUCCAGUGUGUGCAGAUGAUGGUGAAACUUAUACAAAUCAAUGUUUUUUAAAACGUGCAAUUUGUGAAACUCAAUCAUUAAAACGUAUAAUUUAUCGAGGCAAUUGUGCAUCUAAUCCAUGCUUACAUCAUAAAUGUCGAUGGCAAGGUGAAAAAUGUCAAGUUGAUAUAAAUGGUCAAGCUAAAUGUACAUGUCCAGAACCUUGUCCAUCGGUUGUAUCUCCAGUCUGUGGUAGUGAUGGAGUAACUUAUGAUAGUACAUGUCAUUUAGAAAGAACAGCAUGUCAAAAAAUGAGAGAAAUUCGUGUAAUUUAUUCAGGAGAAUGCAGUAAGCCAAAUGACUGUAAACUGCUUAGUCAACCAUGCCAAGGAUAUGAAAUAUGUUCUCGCAUUAAAAAUCCAAUGGUUUACGCUUCAAUCAACGGUAAAGUGGAUGCAUCCGUUUAUGACCUUUCAAAUUCUUUUGACGAUACAAUUCCACAGUGUAUAUGCCCUACAUGCCCAGAAUAUGGUCUAGGUGGGCAUGUAUGUGGAUCAGAUGGGCAAACAUAUCGUAGUGAAUGUCAUUUACGAUCGAGCGCUUGUCAACGACAUUCCACAGAUCUAACUGUUAAAUCAAGAGGGAAAUGUGAUGCAUGUCAAACCAAACAAUGUAAAUAUUAUGCAAUAUGUCGAUUAAGUGCAUUCGGUGAACCACAAUGUAUAUGUCCAACAGAUUGUCUUUAUGUCAGAAAGCCAGUGUGUGGAACCGAUGGUGAAAAUUAUGAAAAUGAAUGUUUGCUAAAGGUGAAAUCAUGCGCUGACCAACGUGAAGUUCAUGUUGCUCAAGAAGGAUACUGUCGUCCAUGUACAGCUGGUUGUCCACUAGGUUUUCAGUGUCGUAAUGGUCAAUGUGUAUGUCGAGAUACAUGUCCACCAAAGCAUCCAACUGAACUUGAUGUAUGCGGUACAGAUGGAAAAUUAUAUUCAAGUGAAUGUGAACUUAAACGUCAAGCUUGUAUUCAACAAACUAAUAUAGAUGUAGAUCUAGCUGGUGUCAGAUGUCGAAGUAAAAAUCCAACUGCUCUACAAGAUACAAAUAUGAAAACGUCAGGUAACGUACAAGCAGAUGGUGUAAGAUUAUCCAGCUGUACUUGUAAUAAACUUGGUGCACUUUCUGAAGAAUGUGAUUAUUUAGGUAAUUGUAGAUGUAAAUGGGGUGUUGGCGGUUUAAAGUGUGAUCAAUGCCUUGCAAAUUAUUGGGGUAUACAAAAUAAUCAUGAAUGUAUUCCAUGUUCAUGUCAUCCACUUGGUUCAACUGAGACAACAUGUAAUCAAGCAACUGGUCAAUGUAACUGUCGUACUGGUGUUGUUGGACGACAAUGUUCAAUGUGUCCAGAUGGUAGUCAAGUGACAGAAAAUGGUUGUAGCGUUAAAGGACAAAGUGAAGAUAUCAAGUUUGAAAAUGAUAAAGAGCAACAUUUACUAAAGACAACUGAAUUAAAUCAGACUAACACAUUGAUUUCCCAAUUACCCGACAAACUAACCGCAGAAAAUAACGAGGAUGGACGAUUAUUUACCGAAACAACUACACUUCUUGCUCGCAUACCAUUUCAUAUCGAUCAACCAACUGAAAUACAAAUGAUUUUAAGUUUAGAUAAAGGUAAUGGAAUGCUUUUACAUUAUCGUGCACCUCCAAGUGAACAGGAACAAAUGAUUUUACGUGAUACACAAGAUCAUCAAUUCAGUAUGGCUAUUUCUAACUGGAGAGUUGUGUUAAAAUAUAUUGAUGGUGGUAUUCCAAAUCGUAUCCUACUUGUUUAUAGUAAACACAAUCUUACACGAAAUACCAAGCAUAACAUUCAAGCAGGUAUUGUAUCAGGUAGACCAUGGAUAAAGAUUGAUAAGUUCAGUAGAACAACUAAUCAAGAUGUAAUUGAGAAAUGGGCUGAUACUCAUCAAUCAGAUAAUCAACCUACAGUUGGUAGUCUUGAGACUAUAGUAAUUGGACGACAAAUCAAAAUAGGCAGUCGAAGUAUUUCAGAUGUGAAAGAACCUUGGUUAGGAAUUGAACCUAACCCAUCAACAGGUCACAGUGAAGCACCAUUAUGUUCAUCAUCAAUUAAAGCAUUAUCAUCACUUACAAAUGAUAUAUCUAAUAGUGAUACCAUUGAAAAUAUUCCACCUUUACUACAAUCAGAUCAAGUUCAAAGACAUGAUAAUGUAAUUAAUCAAAACGUUCAAACAUUAUCUAGUCACAUUCAAACUAAAAAAUGUGAAAAUUAUGGAAUUGGAUCAAUUGGAUCAGAUGGAAAAUACACGUGUAUCUGUCAGCCUGGAUGGCAAGGUGAUGUAUGUGAACAAGCGGUAACUAUUAUACCACAGUUUUCUGGAAAUGGAUUUAUUCGUUUAGCUGGUCCAACUGGAAAACAUGCAAUAAAACGCAAAAAGUUACAUAUUGAAUUAAUUUUCUUAGUAACACAACCAUCAGGUUUACUACUUUUAAUUCCACCUAAAUCUCCUCAACAUGGUCCAUUUAUAGCAGUUUAUUUAGAUGAACAGAAUUAUUUAAAUGUUGUCUGUCGAACUGGUACUGGUAAAGGAAAAUUAGUCAAUGAAAAUAUUAUCCAAUUAAGAUAUAAUAAACCAGUAUCAUUAAAUCAAUGGAAUACUUUAAUUAUUGAUAAACUGCAAAAAGUGCUACGUGUUAAAAUGAAUAGGAAUAAAAAACAACGUGUAUCACUUAUCCCAUCACAAUUUAUUCACCUACAAAAUCAGCUUCUAAAAGAGUUAACUAAUUUCGAUUUAUCUUCAAGUCCAAUCUAUCUUGGUGGAUAUAAUUUUUAUGAUCAAACAACUUUAAAUUAUAUACCGAUUAGAAAUGGUUUACAUGGAACAAUUCAAAGAAUUAACAUAAAUGAAGCAGAAGUUGUACUAGCAGGUCCAUCUCCUGCAGAUAUGAUGAAUAUACCAGAGGAACAAGGUAAAUUACCACAUUUAUUCGAAAAAUGGGCAAAUGUAUCCCAAUGGCAAGGUUUACCAUGUGGUCCACAAUAUUCACCAUGCCAAUUGGAUCGACCAGAUAGUGUAUGUCGUCCAAAUAUUGAGCAUGCUACAUGUGCUUGUACAACACCAUUGCAAUUGAUGCAUCUUAUGAAAGGACGAUUAGAUGAAGAAACUAAUGAAGUUGAACAACAAGCUUGUUUGCAACGAAAAAUGGAACUAUCUAGGUUAAAUUCGGCAUUAUCGUCCAGAAAUGACGGUCAGUUACAAUACGAUGGUCCAAAUCGUUCACCUUCAAGAGAAACAUACAAUGAACCAGAUGAAGAACUGCCACCAGUUGAUCCAGCAAGAGAGAUUUUAAUCAACUUCGGUGGUUUAACAGUUUAUAAAUAUCGUGGACUUAUAAGAUUCACGUCAGAUUUUAAUAUUCGUCUCCGUCUACGGACAAAUAAAAUGGAUGGUUUAAUUUUAUUAAUGGUUGAACAAGAUUCAUUAAAUCAUCAACAUGAUCUAUCAUCAUCAUCAAUUUUAAAUCAACCAGUAACACAAAUUACAACUAAUUCAGAAUUUGUAUCAAUCGUAUUACGUAAUGGUCGUGUUGAAUUAUUAUUGAAUUUAGUUACUUCAAGAAAAACGAAAGAUCAAUCUUGGAAUAUAAAUAAUAAUGAAAAUGAUAAUCCAAUAUUUAAUCGUCUUAUGCCUAUUCAAGCAAGGCAUAAAGUAAACGAUGGUGAAUGGCAUAUGAUACAAGCUAUGGGGAAUAAACAACGAGCAACCUUAUUCGUUGACAAUCACAUGGUUUCUGGUGAAUUCACAGGUAUUUCAGAUUAUGAUACUCCCCCGGUGAGAGAUGUCUAUCUCGGUGGGACAUUAUUUAAUAUUAUAGGAUUAUCAAGUGAUUAUCAACAAAAUUUCACUGGUUGUAUUGCUGAUAUGCUUAUUCAAGAGAAAAUUAUACCAAUCUUAUCAGAAGCAACAGAAAUACACGGUCCUAUUGAAAGAUGUAAAACACCAUGAAAUAAAUAAAUAAUAUAAACAAGCCUAUUCUAUUGGAUGAGUUGAAUAGGAAAAAUUAUUAAAACUAAGAUAAUUAAUUAUUUAUUUGUAAAUGAAAAUGAACCUACAAAAACUAGAA